AUGUUCUUGCGAAAAGGUAUGGAGGUGGCUAAACCACGCCGCGGUAGAAUCUCAACUGUCUCUCUCCCGCCCUCUUCGGUCGAUACGGACCGAUGGCAAUGGGGUGGUUGCAGUGAUAACAUACGCUUCGGCCUACAGAAAUCCAGGGAAUUCAUGGACAGCCGUUACAGGAAACGAAGCGAUAACAUAAAGACUUUGAUCAAACUUCAUAACCACAACGCUGGGAGGUUGACAAUCAAAAACAAUAUGAGGGUUGAAUGCAAGUGUCAUGGGCUCUCAGGCAACGAC